CUUCGUGAUGCUGUUCUCUGUAUAUUUCCCUAAUGAAGCGUAAAGGAAAGCAGAAAAAAGGGACCCAGUCCUCCACACAGCAGGUCCGAAGCAAACACGAGGAGAAUUGUGAACUCGAGGUCGCACUCUCUUCUGUUGAAUCACAAAUCCGCACGUCCACUGUUUCGUCCUCGGUCGCUAGAGCUUCCACAAAUCCCACAUGUACGACCUCAGUUGGAACGACAGUCAAGGAAAUUGUUGCUCCAGUGACAAUAAAAGGUGACGGGCACGAUUGUAAACACAAACGCGAACUUUUACGCGUGGAUAGUCAAUGCAGUGAUUCAAGAGACGCGGAUACUCAUCUUGCGAGUGAACAUGACUAUGCCGACGAUGAUGCUGAUUCCAACGCACUCAACAGCCAUCGAAGACGUCUCAGCAAACGUGAGAUGAAGGCCAUGUUGAAACAAAACAAGCGGAACCGGUCCGCUCUAGACGAGAAACUAGUCGCAACCAUGGAUGAAUUAGCCCUUCACCUCAAAGGUGAUUGUAUAAUCGAUCCCAAUCCAUCUCCGUUGAAACCCAUCCGAGUCGCUGCACCUCCAAACGCGAAUUCAACCACCCAAAUCAUCUCCACUCCUAUUCGGAGAGGUGUUGGUGGUCGCAGAGCAGGGCGUCGAGGAGGGCGCCGUGGCCGUGGAGGUGCGAAACCCGUACACAUUCCAAGACCUGAUCCACUGUCCAAUCUUCCGGCCUCUUGGGUCCCGUUAAUGUUACCUUACACUCCUCCCGAACUGGACAGUCGUCCGUCUAAACCAGCAUUUUUACCAUGGCUUCACCUGCUGCCUGACGCUCGUGCUCAUCGGUUUGCGACCAACAUACGUCAUGUGUUAUCUCAACACUACUCCGCUGCUCAGCCUUCAGUGAGACCUAUUCUGGAUAGUGUUCCUUGUAAAGACAACAAACAUCAAACGUUCAUGGAAUCCGUUACUCCGCCCAGUUAUUUGAGCUUGGCCUCGACGCUUUCAGUCCGACCAACCCCAGUGAACGACGCUCACCCUCUGAAAACCGCUAUGCUCUCCGUCGAUAGACAACCUAAAUCCAAUCCCCCAUUUGCUCCACAGCCGUUUGCUGAAUUAGAAAGGCGAGAUUUUCAAGAAACCAGCAGUUUUCCUCCUCCCCAACAAAUGGAAUUACGUGAUGUCGUUCAAAGCGCCACAAUCACCAAUCCCGCUCGUCGGCCACGAGGCCGAUGCAGAGGUAGACGUGGUUCACGGCUUGUGGGUUAUGCCUCUGUGCGACCGACCGCUGUCAUCGGUGAAGUCCAAUCUAGUGUCGCGGCUUCCGGGGCGUUGGUUAAUCCGGAGAUUCGGGCAGCUGCUCCUGCAGUGAUCCCCAAUACCCCGCCGAAAUCAGGUUCCAAACCUCGAGUUUCCCGGGAGCUUCGCGGUCUGGUUACUUGGGAUGCAGUGAUUGCCCAACAGAAACGUCAACAGGAGCAGGCCGAAACCGUGCAAGAGCACCCGGAAAAUGCCGGUACAAAAGUUCAAUAUCCGACUGAUCUAACAACGGCUGUCGCUCAAGACCUCUUAGCUCAAGCUGCUCUUGAACAAAACAAUUUGUCCACAUCUCGGACUCGACGUACUCGUCAGUCCAGCGGAAGCGUUUUGAGCCAGGCAGCCCAAUCUACUCAUCACUCGGAAACGGCAUCAGUUGUGACCACAACAGCUGCUUCGGAGCUGACAGUCUCAGAACUUCGCUUCCGUACUAAACGAAGCGACUUUUCGUCGAUUGCGCGAUCGGAGUCUUCCAGUAUUGUCUCAGAUGUAGUCACUACGCCACCGCGUCUUUCUGCAUUGGACCAACUAGCUGAAGAGACUAAAGCUAAUCGCCCGCUGUCUCGUUUGAGGUCAAGUCCUGUUAGCCAGCGCGCCGAGAAACCGGGACCGCCGACGAAGGAGACUGUUGCCGAUUCCGUUAUUGAGACACAUACUCCAACAAGUCAAACACUUAGUUCUUCGAACGAUCCCACACCGUACGUUGCAAAGUAUUCACCGAUUUCCGUUGAUCAUGAGCCAGAACAAAACCUGGACCUACCUUCACCCAACGUCCCCACUGUUCUGGAGUCGUCGAAGCGUGGACGGUCGAAGAGCAGACGUAACAACAAAACCCAUGUACUCCACGCCGAGUUCAAGGGCGCCGCAUCUGACCUUCGUAGUUAUUCUGCUCACAAACAAUCUACCGAACGUUUUCCGGCUUCAUCGCCUUCCCCACAUACUAGUUCAUUACCAUCUAAACGUCGUCGUCAGAGCGCCACGCCCACCCUCUCACACGGACAUAUUCCAUCUGAAUUUGCGUCGUCCCGAGGAACCGGCUCAGUUGCUUCGGUCAUGAGUGAGGAAUCUGCUCCUGUACCCGCAGCGACAUCUGGGUCGGGAAGUUUGCGCCGAUACUCAUCGUCUCGAACUUCAGCACUUCCACCACGAAAACGGUACAAAGCUGGCAUUGAUUCACCGGUCGCGGCCAACGAUGAGGAUUCGACGACCGCGGCUUUGGCAACCGACGCCUCCCAGAACGAAGUCGAUGUUAUGGCAGCCUCAGAUACCUUGUCUAUCCCCACUGCUCCUGCUGCACACAUUGACGUCGUCGUUGAGUCUUCAAAAGGCGAACUUUCGGCACACCUUACGCCUGCCACCGCCUCUCUUCCACGUGGAUACAAACGAGGAAGAGGACGUCCAUCUCGUCGAGCCGGUAUCACAACAGGCUCACGUCUACCGGGACUUGUAUUGGUCACUGCAACUAGUACUGCAUCUCCUCCAGCGAUUUCACCGACAGAUACUCAACUAAGUGCUGGCACUACGGAACGUCCAAAGCGGGAAGCCGCGGCUAUCGGAUUUGCCAGUCUUGUUGCAGCUAACCUCAACAACAACAGCACUACGAUUACUUCUCUCGAUUCGCCGGCUUCUCGAUCACAAGGAAACGAAACUCCAACCGCACGUGUGGCGGAUGUGUCGGUUGACGGCGUUCCACCUGUGACCCUACCUGCUCCCACUCCACGAGGCCGUGGCAGGCCACCCAAACCCAAACCAACCCCUCAGCCGCCAGCUUCGGUAGCUCCCACUACGGAUACGGACGUUUCCAAGCCUUCUGAGCUACAUUCAUCCGUUGGACGCAGAAAACGACCUGCAGAUGUUCUCUCCCCCAGCGGGAGGAAUAUCAAACAGGCCCACUUGGCUUCUAUAACACCCGCUACUCCGAAUGCUGUCCCGAAAGAGCUUGAGGAACGAACUAGUCCGAGUGGUACUCUACGAACGCACGUGGAAGAACCAUCGGCAUCGAUUCUCCCCUCAACUGACUCUGAACCCUUUGGAUUGCCGGCAGCCUCACCUGACGUCGUCCCACAACCUACCACUCCACGGAAAGUUGGCCGUCCACGUUCGAAUAAGGCACCUGAAACACCUGUUCGGAAACUCAUCAAUCCUGUUUCUAUUCCACAAGCUUCGCCAGACUCAUCCACCAUACAACUUCCCAGCAGGAUCAGUCUGUUUAAAGGACAUCUUCUUACAGAUCCAAUCUCACUAGGAAUGAAUUCGGUCGCUUCAACCAAAGGCCCAGUCUGUGAUAUUUUCCUGCGUUUUCUGAAUGAGCCGGAUCCACUUGAACCCGAUUCUCGUCUGUGUGCCCCGUUCAUUUUCCUACCCAUCCCCGAACGCUAUCCGGAAUUUUAUCGUUUCGUCAUCUCGUCCUAUUCUGGAACGCUCAUCCGAACUCGGUUCGUUAAGUCCUUCCUGAGCAGGCUUUUCUCGGUGGAACCCUCAAACGGAACAGUACUUGACGAACCUAUUUUUGGGGUAGAGUUCCCAUCUCUGUGUUUGGCCAGUAUUGCCAGACGAUUUGUAAUUGAGGCGGAGGACAGCGAACAGUUGGAGAAGCUCGCCCAAGAUCUGGGCCUCACGGAGUCCGAACUUGGCCUAAUAUCGCUCAACCCCGCUGAUGUUGAGAAUAGCAUACCAUUACUUGACGCUGCCGUAGAAAGUGUCCUAACUGUUUGGGAAUCGUUCGCUGGACGUCGCAGCUGGUUGGGACGUCGAUUGAUACGACUUCGGACAGUGUACUCCACCCUGCGGAACGAUUGUGCCCGGUCGUUUGCUGAAGAAUAUGGACAGUUUAUUCCUCCACUCAAAGCUACUGCUGUGCUGAAUAUGCCAGUAUGCAAGACACCCGGUGCUGGUGUGAAGAAAAAGGCCGACCGCCGUGCGCUGGAACGAGGAGCAGAGGUGAUUCGCUGUCUCUGUGGGUUCCGUGUCGAAGGUGGGCACGCUAUGGUACAAUGCGAUCGUUGUGCCUCUUGGCAACAUUUACCUUGCCUUUGGUGGGCAUUGAAUCAGGCUAUCAACAACCGGCGGAUGAAUAGGACUGUUGGGCGGUCCGGUCUGUGCCAAGCCGCCUUGGUCGCGGCCCAAGCCGCCGGAUCUGGAUAUUUGGCCGAGCUGAUCGAACCGAAGCUGAGUACGAAAUCGGAUGAUACGGAUCUACCUUACAUUUGUCCAGUUUGCCUGGAAUUACCUGAUUUGACACUGGAAUAUCCACGAUCUCUGUCUGCUGCGAUGGCCAUGAACGAUCUGGAUUCUGUGUUCAGUCUACAAGAGACAACCGUGGAAGGUGAGCAUGAAUUCUGGAGCCUGGCUAGUGUUGAUGGUCGACAUCAGAUACGCACUGAUGACUACGCUUUCGUGAACCGUGCAUGGAUGGAAUGUGUACGCACAUCACAGGGCGUGUUAAAUCGUGCGGAUAUGAAAUCACGCCAUCUCACCAUAGAUGAGGCUCGAGCGGCGGCAGACGCCCAUCCGAUUACCACGUUCUACGACCGAGUUGUCAUCCGAAUCUACCGACUGUGGAAAGAUAAAAGUGGAAAACCGUGGCUAGAAGGUGGCCUUUUCCUUCGACCGUAUGAUCUCUUGGUGACUUCUGAGGAAACAGAUGAGACUGACGCCACUCAGCAACGCUUGUGGCACUAUCGUGAGGUGGUUUACGAUGAAGCUAGUCGACUUGUACUUCCGCUUUCUGCCUGGAGCGGUAGGUGCGUCGUUCUUUGCACGUCCGCUUAUCGCACUGGCCGUCCGGCUGAUCUGCUUUCCUCGCAUGAGGCUGAUCAGUUUUUGUCCGGAUACACGAUGGUCUGCAAUCCAAAUGAACCUCAGAAUAAUACUUUGGAAGCGAUCAAACGACAAGCUUGGAGGAAUCAAUUGUUCUUUGUCUGUGAUAAAUUGUUUGAGCGUGCUACACCGAGCAGUCAAACAACCACUGUUCGAUUCGAUGAAAUUUCCCCCGGUUAUCUCAAAGUCAACAUGAGGCCCUAUUGCUUCUUACGCAAACCGGAUGUGACUGUCGGCCGAGCCACAUUACCUCGUCAUUUUACCGCCGCUCAGCUGUUGGAGUACGACCGAGUUCCAGUGAGCGAAGUAGAUGCUCCUGAACCCCCUACUCCGACAUCCGUUUCAUUUCCGAUCUCAUCGAAGCCUAAAGGAGAGAAGCUCGCGCGUGUUGUUGAUUGGUUGGAAAGGAAGCGUCUAUUGGAUAUUCAGACAGUCAGUAGUAACCAACAGCCGAUCGAGCCAGCGGCUGCUCCCGCUUUAUCACUUCCGACAACCCCGCAUCGGGGGCGUCCUCGUGGAUCUCGGGGGCGAGGUCGUCCACCUCGUUCCGUAUCGCAGCCUGUGGCUGAACUGGGAUCCGAGAUUUCAGGCCAAGCUCCAACGGCUGUUGUUCACUGUGACUCUGCUGCUGUACAACCGGACGGUGCUUUAGAAAUGGCCGAUGCUGUUACCAUUACUGAGUCUGCCGUGGCGGAGCAGCCGGCUGAUUCUUCAGAGCCCACUGCAAAGAAGUCAUUACGACCGCAAGAACUGUCUACUGUUUCGGUAUCUGCCAUUGAGGUUCCCCAGGAGCGACUUGAACUCUCCGAACCUUUAUCCGAAAUUAUUGUAGCUCCAGAGCUAUUGGGACGCGGGGAGCCUAAAAUUGAACCUUUACCCGAAGUUGUGCCCCUUGAGCCCAUACCGUCAAUAUUGGGACAAGAAUCGGACGACGUGAUUUCUUCAGCCACAUCACCACAGGCUACUGGAGCGGACAACGACAAGAUUGUGAUUUCGGAAGAUAGCUUGAAGGUAGACAACCCUCCGACUUCGUCUGAUUCAAACACAACUGAGGUUGUCAACUCGCAUACCACAGAGAGGCGACGUUACGCUGUUGUAAACACACCUGCCGACAGUAUGAGCACUACCUUUGCUUCAGCACGGAAACGUAAGUGUGCCGUAACCAGAAAGCGGAUAGCCUCAGCUUCAGCUUCCGUCAUCUCUGAGGUACGUGAAACAACUACCUUCUUUUCGGACUCAGAAGUGCCCACAGAGCCUGCUUUAGAAGCGUCCAGGAAUCUAGCUGAGGACCCUUUUCCCAUACCAGAUAGUACCCUCCUUAGGGAAAGCGCCUCAAGUGAAUCUGAGCCACAGCCGAUUCCGCAUGAAGAUGACCAUCUGACAGAUGUAAGUUUCAAGAGUGCAGUUGCAUGUAACUCUCCACUCACUGCCUAUACACCCUCGCCGAAGUCUUUGUACGAAGCUGAAAUCUGGGAAGGGCCUCAACUCAGUCCGACACUUACUGCAACGGAAUUGCAAGAAAACAACCCACUCAACAUUCCCACUGAAACAUUGACUUUGACCGAGUAUAGGAUUGAAGUUCCAACUACUCAGAAGCAGGUUGUCGAUGAAGUACCAUUUGAAGCUGGCCAAGAAGCGUCUGCGGAUGGUGAUGUCUGUGCUCAUACUGUCACAUCUAGUUCGAUAUCCAGUCCCGGAGGAAACACCGUGGACGUUCAUCCUGAAGCGGAUUUCUCUGCGGUUUGCUCGGACCAGGUGAUGGAGACAAGCCAGGACAAACCUGACAGUCCGGAGGCUAUGGUUACUCAAACUACAGAAGUAGAAGCACUGGUGUCCACAUCAUCACUUGAAGAAACUUCCGCUUCGAGCCCUCAGAAGUCACUAGCCCCAUGUGAACGAGUUCAGAGUCCAAAUACUCCAAGUUUGAAAAUAGGUGACCCCACAGACUCCCAGACCUCUUGCGUCAAAGAGCAAUCCGAUGCGGACACUACUAGGAAAGGAUGCACAAACUUUUCAGUGGAUUGUCUUGCAUCAGACGAAACCACUCCAUGCCUUCGAUUUGAGGAGCGUGAAAGCUCUUUGUCACAACCUGACGAAACCGCGGAAACCAAAUGUUCGUCGUCGCCCCAGCCUGGCAACAAUCAGCUGUCUCGCGAGUCUCAUUCAACCAAAUUAUCCGCCUCUCCUGACUCUGAAACUCCGUGUGUGACGGCUGCUUCGUCUGUUCCCGACGCCGACAUUCACUCGACUACUGAAAAUGGGACAACCCCCUACCUAGAGUCUUUUGUAUCGGAUUCGGGGAAUGACUCUGGAGCCACCCCAAUCCUCGAUGAACCGGCGAUGUGUGGAGAUUCCAGCCAUCAACCGACGUCGUCGCAUGAUAUGGAUAGCUUCUCCCCCACCCGAAUGAUGGACCCCUCGGUAAAGGCCAAGUUACCCUGGUGCGAACACCCUACUAGUCCCGUCCUCCCAGAAUGGUCCGAUUCCACCCGAUUACAGUAUAACCACCAGGGUUCGAACCGUCAGCAACAACAUUCUCGUUCAGAUCCGCCAUCUCAUCGAGGAGACAGAUCCAGAAACCAGAAGGCCGAAAAUACCUCACGGCACAGUUCUCUUGCCUCCGAGAGGUAUGGUAGUAAUCACCACCGGUCAUCCGAUCCACGAAGUACCCACAGCCGUAAUGAUCGCUACGGUUCCGCUCAAUCUUCGCAUCCUUGUAGUGGUAACAGCAGCAGCAACUCGCGAUCUAAUUACCAUGGAUCUCAUCGACACGAUCGAGAUCGUGAUGACUACCGCUACCCGUUUCACGGUCACCGAGACCGAUCCCGGUCUGAUUCUGACCAAUUUCAUCAUAGAUACUACCACAAAGAUUAUCCAAAUCCUAACCGCUAUGAGAGCAAUCACGGCCGCCGAUCUCACGAAUCACGACACCCGAAAUUUCCUAGGAGACAUGACUCAACUUGA